AUCCGAGCAACUCGGAUAAACACUACGAGUAGAAUUGUGAAUGUGUAGAUUUGUAUGAGCAGCUCGUAUAGUUUGGAAAUUUUAAAAAUGGCUCCCUCCAAGAAUAAACGAGCUGCUGUCGCGUUAAUAUUAUUAAAUAUUCUAAAAAAAAAGAAGAGAAAAGAAAAAGGUUACACAGAAUAGAAGCAUCUGGGUGAAACCACAUUUGCAAGAGCGUCACAGAGUGGGUAUUGAGAAAACUUUGCUCACUGAUUUACUAGCACAAGACGGAAACGAUUUUAAAAACUUUAUGCGCAUGGAUUAUGACACGUUUAUGAUGUUACAUGACAAGGUAAGUCUAGUACUUUGUUAUAAAAUAGCUUUUAAUGAUUAUUUUUAAAUUAAUUUUAAGGUUCGUUUAGACAUCGAAAAACAAGAUACUUACCAGCGAAGUUCUAUAAGUUCUGAGUUACGUCUUGCAAUAACAUUAAGCUUCCUUGCAACUGGAGAUAGCUACAGGUCCUUAGAAUACUUAACAAGAGUAUCAGCUUCUACAAUUAGUUUACUUGUCCCUCAUGUAUGUCAAGCUGUCUACUCACACUUGCAGCCAGAAUAUAUGAAGGUACCUUGCACUGAAGAUGACUGGAAAAAAAUUGCCGACGAAUUUAGAAACAAAUGGAACUUUCCCAAUGCUAUUGGUGCUAUAGACGGAAAACAUAUUGAAAUAGAAGCUCCCCCAAACGCAGGAUCUUAUUACUUUAAUUAUAAAGGCACACAUAGUAUCGUCCUUUUAGCUUUGGCAGAUGCAGAAUGUAAUUUUUUAUUUAUAGAUGUUGGGUGCAAUGGACGCAUGUCGGAUGGAGGUAUAUUCAAAAAUUCUACCUUAUAUAGAGAACUAUAUGAAGACCUGUUAAAUAUAUCAUCUGAUGAGCACCUUCCAAAUUGCGUCAAACCCGUACCUUAUGUUAUUUUAGGAGACGACGCGUUUGCUCUUUCAAAAAAUUUGCUUAUACCGUUUCCUAGGAGCAAGUUUCUUAGUGCAAAACAAAAAGUUUUCAAUUAUCGACUUUGUCGUGCUCGUUGAGUAGUGGGAAACGCAUUUGGAAUCUUAGCAUCACGCUUUCGCGAAUUUACGAAACCAAUUUGUUUAAAAGUCGAAAAUAUUGACAAAAUUGUCUUAUGU